CAAUUGAAGAGCUAACUGCAAAGGUUGUAGCAUUAAAUACUCUUAUAGUAAAGCAUAUAAAAUGGAUGGCACAAGUGAGACUCGUUCAAUGAUUGUCGAUGGAGUUCGCGAGGGGUUAAUGAACGAUUGGAAAAUUCUACAACAUGUCUUCAAGCUGGUGCAAAGGGACGAAACUCUCUGUGCCGAUCCGCAGCAGUGGAAGGAACAGAAAAUAAUCGACUUUAUGCAGCCGGAGGAGCUGAAGCAACAUAUAGAUCUGACAAUCAAGGAAAAGGAAUCAAGCACACUCUUGGACCUCGAGCAGAUCUGUCAACAGGUCAUUCGAUAUUCCGUGAAAACCUCACAUGGACGAUUUCACAAUCAGUUGUUUGGACAGUUGGAUCCCUUUGGAUUGGCUGGUGCUUGGAUUACCGAGGCAUUGAAUACCAGCUCCUACACCUUUGAGGUGGCGCCGGUUUUCAGCCUGAUUGAGACGGAGCUCAUAUCAACGGUUUGCCGAUUAGCUGGAUAUAGCCAGGGCGAUGGAAUUAUGUCACCAGGCGGUUCCACAGCGAAUAUGUACGGUCUGGUGUUGGCUCGUUAUAAACGCCUACCGCAUGUUAAAUCCACGGGCAUGUUUGGCUUACGUCCACUUGUGAUCUUCACCUCUGAGGAUGCGCAUUACAGUUUGAAGAAAGCGGCUCACUGGUUGGGCAUUGGAGCCGACAACUGCAUCGCUGUGCGCACCAAUGCCAGAGGUCAAAUGUCUCUGGCUGACUUGGAGGACAAGAUAAAGGCAGCUCAAGCACGCGGCCAUGAUCCGUUAUUUAUUAAUGCUACCGCGGGAACAACUGUGCUGGGUGCAUUCGAUGAUAUCGCUGGCAUUGCUGAUAUCGCGGAACGCCACGGACUCUGGCUGCAUGUGGAUGCCUGUCUGGGCGGUGCAGCAUUACUGGCCUACAAGCAUCGCUCAUUGCUGGCUGGGCUGCAACGGGCCGACUCCUUUGCCUGGAAUCCGCACAAGACACUCGGUGUGCCGUUGCAGUGCUCGCUGUUCCUCACUCGCGAGUCCAAUCUCCUGGCGCACUGCAACAGCAUUGAGGUAAACUAUCUGUUCCAGCAGGACAAGUUCUAUGACAUCACCUACGACACCGGCAACAAGAGCGUUCAGUGUGGUCGCAAAAUAGACGCCUUCAAGUUCUGGCUAAUGCUGAAAGCACGCGGAUAUGGAAACUAUGGACAUCUGGUUGAUCACGCGAUCGAAAUGUCCCGCCUGCUGGAGCAGAAGCUGCUCUCCCGUGCAGAUCGCUUCCGGCUUGUUCUGGAGCAGCACGAAUACUCUAAUGUCUGCUUCUGGUAUAUACCAAAGUCAAUGCGUGUCCAGAAUGCAUCCGAGGAAACGCCAGAGUGGUGGUCGCGCCUAUAUAAAGUUGCACCCAAAGUCAAGGAGCAGAUGGCGUACAGUGGCACCUUGAUGAUUGGCUAUUCGCCGUUGACUAGUCGCCAGUUGGGCAACUUCUUUCGCAUGGUGCUCACUUGUUUUCCCGUGCUCGAAGCUGGAGAAUUGGAUGUUAUCCUGGAUGAGAUUGAGCGACUGGGCGAGCUUUGCCAGCUUUGAUCAAAGGCAUCGUUAUUAAUCGCAUUAUUCCAUUAUAAUAAUAUAUCAAUAUAAAGAAAAGUGUAACACGUUUUUUGUUUCACGUAAAACGGUUUCCUUUUUAUAUA